AUGAGUACUAACUAUUUUAAAGAGACAUCCUCUAAAAUACAGGAAAUAAUAAGAAUAACUAGACAACUCACAGAUAAAUGGAUGGGACCUGUGAAACAAGAGUUAAGCACCCAAAAAUCAAAUAAUCAAAAUAUAAAGAAAGAGAAGGGGAUUCUUAAUCAGAAAAUAGGAAUAGAUGAAUUAGCUGAAAUAAUAAAUAAU